AUGGCUGCGUUCGCCAUUUCCUUUGUUGCCAAUAGGCUUGCUGAUGUGCUCAAUCAAAUCAGGACGCACAAAGAUGUUCACCGAAUAGUGGACCGCCUGCAAGCUGAACUCAAACGAAUGCAGUGCUUUCUUAAAGACGCAGAUGACAAGCAAGAAGACGAUAAGAGGGUGCACAACUGGAUCUCUGACAUCAGUAAUGCUGCUUAUGAUGCUGACGACCUCAUUGAUUCGUUCCUCCUCAGAAUGGAGAUACACAAAAGAAGAAAAUUCCUUGCGAGUAAAUUUUCCAGUAUCAAAGAAUGGACCUACCGUGCUAAGGUGAAAGAGGAACUCGAGGCCAUUGAAAUGAGAAUCCACAACAUCUCUGUCAGUUGCGAAACUUAUGGUAUAUCAAAUUUUGGACAGGGUACAAGUCGUGCAAGCGAAAAGUUGCAGAAUCUGCGGCAAUCAUCUCCUGGGGAGGAAAAGAAUAUUGUUGGUCUGGAUGAAGACACAGCCAGGCUGGUGGCACAACUUGUCAGAAAGGAGAGUCAGUGGCGAGCAUUUUCCAUUGUUGGAAUGGGAGGCAUUGGCAAGACAACACUCGCCAAGAGGGUCUAUAAUCAUGGCGAUGUGAGAUGUCGUUUUAACUGUCAGGCUUGGGUUUAUGUGUCACAACAGUUCAGGACCAGGGAUAUACUUCAGGGACUUUUAAAGCAAGUUGCAACAAGCCAAAAUUGGGAAAACUUAGUGGAGGAAGAUUUGGAGGAAAUGCUCUACAAAUACUUACUGACGAAGCGCUAUCUGGUGGUUUUGGAUGAUAUGUGGAGCACUGAAGCUUGGGAUUGUCUGGCAAAGGUGUUUCCGAAUAGAGGGAACGGAAGUAGAUUGAUGAUCACAUCUCGCAACAAGAGUGUUGCUCUCUAUGCAGAUGCCAGAACGUUUCCUCACGAACUGCAGCUUCUGAACGAAGAGGAUAGUUGGGAGUUGUUUUGCCGAAAAGCAUUCACUGACAACUUGAACAAAAGUUGCCCACCAGAACUAGAGGAAACUGGGAGAGAAAUCGUGGGAAAAUGUGAUGGUUUACCUUUGGCAAUCAUCGUGUUGGGUGGCUUGGUGUCAAGAAAAAGAAACUUGAACGAAUGGGAGAGGAUUCUCAGCAACAUCCAUGCCCAUUUUGCCAGGAACAUUAAUGGGGUAGAAGCAAUUUUAGCUUUAAGUUACAAGGAUUUGCCACAACACUUGAAAUGGUGUUUUCUCUAUAUGGGACAUUUUCCGGAAGAUCAUUUAAUCCGCACACGCAAACUGGUCCGACUAUUGGUUGCAGAGGGUUUGAUUCCACAACAACGAGGAGAAAGGAUGGAGGACGUGGCAGAGGAUUAUCUGAACGAGCUGAUUGAUAGAAAUAUGGUUCAAGUAGCCAGAAUGAGUCGGACUGAGAGGGUCAAAGAGUGCCGUGUCCAUGAUUUACUGCGGAAGCUCUCCAUUUCAAAGGCAAAGGCUGAGAACUUUUUCGAAAUUCAUGGGAACCUCAGUUCUCUUCCUUCAUCUAGUUCCCGUCGUCAUGCCAUCUACUCUAACUUUGAUUGGUAUGCCUCCUUGAGCCAUUCAACUAAACUUCUCCGCUCUCUCUUUUUCUUUAGACUUGAUGUUGAAAAUCGUAGGAUAAAAGAGCUAAAUUUUGUCUGCAAAAAUUUUAAACUACUUAGGGUACUAGAUUUAGAGGAUAUAAGGAUAGACUGCGUGCCAGAUGGGGUGGGAGAACUGAUUCACUUGAAGUACAUAGGCUUGAGGCGUACCAAUAUACAUGCGCUUCCAUCAACCUUAGGUUCUUUGCAUUGCCUACAGACUCUGGAUGUAGCUGCAAAUGUUAAUCUUCAAAUUGUGCCAAAUGUGAUAUGGAAGAUGGAAGCUUUACGGCAUCUUUACAUGUGUGGGCCUAGAUACAACGAGCAGCUCCGAGUUGACACGCUACAGCAUCUGCAGACAUUAUCAGUUAUACAUGUUAGAAACUGGAUGGAAAACAACCCAGUGAAGUUAACUAACCUGUGGAAACUGGGAAUAAAAGGAAGUUUCGCCUCACACGCACAUGAAAUCAUUCCCUCCUUUGCUCUGCUUCCACGCCUUCAGUCGCUGUUCCUGCAAACUGAUGAUGUUGUGUUUCCAAGUCUCACUGCAUUUUCUCAUCUUCGUUUUCUCACUAAGUUGCAUAUGAGAGGAGGAAUAAGAAAUUUACCCAUCCCACGUGAAUUUCCACCAAAUCUCUGCCAGUUAACCUUGAAUCAUUCGUUCUUGAUUCAGGAUCCAAUGGAAAUACUGGAGAAACUGCCUAAAUUAUUGAUUCUCAAAUUAAAAGCAUAUUCUUUUAAAGGAAGUAAAUUGGCAAUUUCUGCCAAUGGGUUUCCUCAACUCAAGUUCUUAGAGUUUGACUUCUUAGAAUUCUUGGAGGAGUUGAAAAUAGAAGAAGGUGCAAUGCAAAGGCUUCAAUGUUUCCGGAUUUGCAAUUGCAGGAAGCUGAGUACGCUUCCAGAAGAGAUUAAAUGUGUAACUACUCUCCAAGAGUUAGAGAUCAAAGAGAUGCAGAAGGCAUUCAUCGAUAGGCUUCAAGGGGUGGAUCGUCACAAAGUCCAACAUAUUCCUACACUCAGGUUGGUUUAG